GCGACCACUUUCAUCCUCAGAAAAGUAACUCCACAGUCAAAGUGCGCAGGCUUUUUUUUCACUCCCGAUCGUUUUGUGAGCAGAAAGCGCAUUGGUGCUUAUUAUAUACUUGUUAUUAAAAAAAAAACAAAAAGGACGUUUUGUUGCCUGGACUACUAUUCUCUUCGAAAAAAAAACUGGGAAGUUUAUUCCUCGACUUCUUAAAGAGUUUUUUUUCUGCUCAAGCAACUUUUUUUUAGUUGAAAGAGGAAAUAAAGCAAAAGAAAAAGAAAAUGCACUUUUGCUGCAGCAAGUUGCUUCACCGGAGCUGUCAGAAAUCUAGGCGAGUUUGGAGUCUGUCAGGACUGUUCGUGUUUCUGUCCUUCGUGCACGUCCUACUGUUGGGACCCAACACUGCCUACGAGUCCAACCAGGAUUACUAUGACCACUAUCAAGAGGAGGAAGAAAAUGAGGGCCAGGCCAGCAGCGAACUGGAGGACCAACUGAGGUCGGCGUCCAGUGUCACAGAGCUGAUGGACAUUUUCUAUCCAGAAUACAGGAAGAUCCAUGAAUGUCUGCAAAGGAGAAUUCACAUGGUCCAGCGGGAAAUGACAGAGGCUGAAGAAAAGGAGUGGAAGGAGGCAGCAGCAUUUACACUGUCGUGGCAAGAUGAAGAUAUAAAAAAUGUUGAACUUGAAUGGGAAAAGACUCAGUGUAAGCCUAGAGAAGUGUGCUUGGAUGUGGGGAAAGAGCUUGGGACUGCCACAAACAAGUUCUACAAACCUCCCUGUGUGUCUAUCCACAGAUGUGGAGGCUGCUGCAACAGCGAGGGACUACAGUGUGUUAACAUCAGUACUUCGUACGUGAGUAAGACAUUGUUCGAAAUCACGCUACCACGAGUUGGAUUCUCGAAGUUAGUCAUGAUUAGCUUCAUCAAUCAUACUGCCUGUAUAUGUCAGCCCAAGCGAGACACAUUCGGACAGUCCCACUCGAUUAUCAGACGUUCUUUUCACAUUUCACAGACCGGAUGCAUUAUGGAGAACGAAACGUGUCCACUUGGUCUCACCUGGAAUCCCCAGCACUGCAGAUGUGUCACCGAACUGGAAGACUUCAGCUUAGAAGCCAGCAAUUCAGAACCAGCAGAUGUUAGUGGAAGUGAGGUGGAUGAUUUCUGUGGGCCCAACAUGGUAUUCGAUGAAGACACAUGUAGCUGCGUGUGCACAAACAGACUUUCCAUAUCGAGUUGUGGUCCCAGCAAAGAAUUUGAUGAGAGUACUUGCAAAUGUGUUUGCAGUAACACAGAGCAUCAUGGCGUUUGUGAACCCCCGAAGGAAUGGGAUGAAGAAGCCUGCGAGUGUGCGUGUAGGAAGAACUGCCCGAAGAAUCAGCCCUUGAACAGCAGCAAAUGCACCUGUGAGUGCAAAGAGUCUGUGUAUUCGUGUUUUCGCAAAGGGAAAAAGUUUGAUCCCCAGACAUGCAGGUGCUACAGGUUGCCUUGCAGAACUCAAGCAAAGCACUGCCAAUCAGGCUUUUACUUCAGUCAUUAUGUCUGCAGUUGUCUUCCAUUAUAUAUGAAGGAAUACCAAACUGAGGAGUGAUGCACAGACUGCUUUCUACUUUGGCUUGCUUCAUGAAUGAAGAAAUUACAUUUUUCAGCCUGCAGCACUUACAAAAGUACCAUUUUUAUUGAGUGUCUACACAAUCUACAGGUACACUGUCUCAAAUCCGACACCCCUCAGCAUUGAUACUGUGCCGGAUUUCAGACUUCCUGAGAUUUUGGAUUACCCAAAUCCACAAUAGGUUCCAGGUCGAUACACAAUCAUGCAUUUUCAGCGAAAGGUGCAAUCCACCACUCCGUGACUACAUUGGAUCAUGAAAAGUGCAGCCAAGGACCGAUGCUAAAUGUAAAUGACGAACACAUACGGACAGGGCAAAUCAUAAAUGCUGUAAAUAUUGAGUGACGCACAAGGAGAAGAAGUUAUAGAAUAGAGCCUCUACAGUGUGGAAGCAGGCCAUUCAGCCCAUCCCAACCCUCCAAAAAGUAUCCCACCUAGACCCACCUCCACUUCCCUAUCCCGGAAACCCUUCAUUUCCCAAGGUUAAUCCACCUAGCCUGCACGUCUUUGGACCAUACGAGGGAAACCCAUGCAGACACGGGAAGAACUUGCAAACUCCACGCAGACAGUGGCCUGAAUGUGGAAAUGAACGAGAGUCUCUGGCGCUGUGUAACACCAAUGCCAGCCACUGAGCCACCACACUGUCCAGUUAUCGGACAAUUCUGGUUUAUGGACAGCUGGAUUUGGGGUAUUGUACCUGUCCUAGGUAAGCUUGGCACUGAAUACAUGGAAAUAUUAAGGUGGUAUCCCAGAAGAAAGUGGGUUAUGGUUUGUUUAUUACAUGUUUCAUUCCUCCUAUGACACACAAGGAUUGAAGCCACUGAUGUGAUUGCUAAUAACAUGACUACAGCAAAAUAUUGUACAUUCCCUAUUAUAUUUUGUGUGCAUUUCUAUUAAGUGAAUACCACUUUAUACUACAAACAGACUCACUCAAUUUUGGGCCCGAGGGAAUGGAAUAAGUAUUGACCAGAUUUUGUAUGAUCAGCAUUGUUUCAUAUGAAGUAAAGUUUUUAUUAACAGGAGGAAUCUGUGAUUGGAAAUGAACUUUGAUGCUUUAGAAUGGAUAUGGUUGUUUUGUAGACCUUGUACUGAUUUUCUGCUGCUAAUGUAGCAGUUGAGAUAUACAAAAUAAGUAAGCAAUGAGAUUUCACCAGUUGAAAGUCAACACAAUUUUUUUUUGAGUCAUGGAAAAUGAAACAUAUGCAAGAGUAAGUAAAUGCUGAGGCAGAAAAGGAACAUAAAUGGACAAUUUACCCUUGUUCUGCUCACUAUGUGAUAACAUUAUGAAUGUUAGGUAAAGUAUUCACAUGAAAUCAAUGGGGAGAGAUACAACAAAUGUCAGUUGUAACAGAGGCUGUCAUUUCCCAAAUAGCUACUACAAAUCCAUGAAUGAGUCCACUUCAUCCAUUCCACAGUCAGAAACCUAACAACACCAUGGACUGAACCAAUUUUUCAUCCAGUCUCUGUCAUGCAGCAUUUUGCAUUAUUACAUGUCAUAAAAAUUGUGAAAGUGUCUAGUUUAAGAAUGUAUCUAUUAUUAUUAUCCAAGGCAUCUAUUAUUGUGCCUGGAUCAGAGAACUGUGACCAACAUGAAACCUGACCAAGAAAUCAAAAGAGAACUUCCUGAGGCCUGCAUUUUAAAUUUCGCUUAUGGUGACCACAGAAACAUGAGAAAUUUAGGGCACAGGGUCUAGGCGCGAAACGUCAGCGUUUGUGCUCCUGAGAUGCUGCUUGGCCUGAUGUGUUCAUCCAACUUCACACUUAGUUAUCUUAAAUUUAGGGCACAAAACAGGCCAUUUGGUUCAUUACAUGUGCUAGCUGAAAUUGAGCUAUCCGGCCUAAUUAUACUUUCCAGUUGUUGGUCUGUACUCUUGUAAUUUAUGCCACAUUUUGUACUUCUCAAAGUGUUUCUUAGACGUGAGAGGAUUUCUGCCUCUGCCAACCUUUUCAAAUCAGUAAAUUCCUUAGUCCCACAACCCUCAGUAAAAAUUCUCCCCAUCUUCCUUUAAAUUUAGAAUCCUGUGCUUUGAUUUAUGACCAAGAUAACAAAGCAUGGAGCUGGAUGAACA